AUGGAUCCCAUCAAGGCUCAAAAGGUUCGAGCCAUGAAGCUCUACAAGAAGAGUGAUCCGUUUUUCCAGAGUCUCAUUCUUCAUUCUCUUCUUGCGCUAGCUUGCAGUUUGUUUUGUUCCUACUCUCAUUCGUUUCCCAAUUCCUUUUACGCUAUCAAACACCUCUUGUUUAAUUCUCUUCCCAAUACUUGGUCGUGGUUCGUUAACCCUAGCUGCCUGUUCGUGGUGGUCAAUUGCAUUGUGGUGUUCCUUAUUGGAGAAUCGAGGAUCAUGAGUCGCAAGCAAUCCUUGUCUCCGGUUGAUCAUGUUUACGAUGAGUAUGUUGCGAGGACUCGAAGUCUUAGGGGACGUCCCUCCACGACAGUUCAAGAGAUCAAGAAACAAGAGAAGAUCGUACUGAUGACAAUGGAUGAUCCGAAGGAGGACAAUGCUAAUGGCAUUGAAGAUCACACAGAGGUCAAUGAAGUACUGCCACUGAAAGAAGAUAGUGGUGAUGGCCAUGAUGAAGAUUUCGAAGAGUGCGAGGGAAAUGUUACCGAAAAUGAAAUACAUGAUGAAGAAGAAGAAGAGAAAGAAAUAUUGGAAGAAGAAAACGAACAAGAAGACGAUAAAGAACAAGAAAAAGAGGAGGAAGAGGAGGAGGCUAUAGGGAUACCAGCUGAUGAACUAAACAAAAGAGUCGAAGACUUUAUUGCAAGGGUUAAUAAGCAAAGGUGGCUUGAAGCUAGAUUUUUGGUGGGUAGCUACUAG